AUGAUACAAGUUUUACGUCUCCUUUACCUAAAGGGUGUAAAAGGAACGAUAGCUGAUGAUGAUUUUAAAGCCAUUUUGAAUAUUUUUAAUUGCACAUCGCAAACCCUUUAUCUCGCAAAGAAGAAAUUACGACAAUUGGUAAAUAUUGGUGAUAAUCACAUCGAUAUGUGUGUUAACUCUUGUCUAGCAUUUACCGGGGAGUAUUCAGCAAAUGUAUACUGUACUAUAUGCAAUGCACCACGUUAUAGUACUGGAAGGAAGGCUCAAAAACAUGCAAUAUAUUUUCCCAUUAUUGAGCGGUUACGAUUACAGUUUGCUGAUCCAGCACGCGUUCUUCAGCUUUUGUAUCGAUCUAAUCAUGUAGAAGAUUUUUCCAAAUUGCAAGAUAUUUAUGAUGGAAACUUGUAUAAAGAAAUGCUUCGAGAAGAACUAUUGGCUGAUUCUCGCGAUAUUGUUUUUUCUGCAUCUCUUGAUGGAUACCAAAUUUUCAAACAACAACGUGAUGAUUGUUGGGUAAUAUUGUUGAUAAAUCACAACUUGCCGCCAGAAGUUCGAGUGAAGAAAGAAAAUUUAAUGAUAACUGCUGUUAUUCCUGGUCCACGAGCACCUAAAGAUCUCAAUAGUUUUUUACGACCUUUGGUUGAUGAAUUACUUAUUCUUGAAACUUUGCCAUUGCGAACACAUGAUAUAUAUUGUAAAAGAGCAGAAGAAUAUAUUGAGAUUAAUUCAAAGACUGCUCGUAAGAAUUUAUCAAUAAAUACUGGUGAAAUUAUGGAAGCUAAUAGAAAAGCUAUUCCAUCAGAGUUUGGACGAGCUCCAAUUAACAUUGCUCACCACUCAAACGGAUUUAAAGCAGAAGAGUGGACCAAUUGGACCAACCUUUAUUCUUUGCCACUAUUAGUAAAUUAUCAGCCAGAUGAAAGUAUAUAUGGAAAACGUGAUGAUAAAUAUUUGCCUGCUUACAAAAUGGUUUUUCACUAUCUUUUACAUGUUGAGACCUCAAUAAGUGAUUGUGGUCCUUGCUGGACUUUUUGGCAAUACCCAAUAGAACGCCUAUGUGGAAUUCUUCAGUCUCUGUUUCCUAGUUCAACCUAUAGGCUAUAUGAUGGUGAAGAAAAUACUGAUCGUGAGCUGUUGCAUCUAAGAAGAUAUUAUCAGGCUACGAAUGAUUUUCUUGUUAAAGAGCUUAGUAAUAUUGGUCAGCGUUUUUCUCGUUUGCGUACAAAAGAUGGUUAUAUGAUUGGCUCUUUAUUAACAAUUACAGGUGCCAAAUCACGUGAUAAUUCAUGUAUAAAGUAUGAAUUGGAGAUUGCUAAUCACAAUGGAAUAUAUGAGAUGAAGCCAUUUUACGGACGAGUGCUUUAUUACUUGGUUCAUGAGUAUACGAAUAAAAAGUAUAUGUUAGCUUACGUCCAUAAUGCAUACAAUGUUCGUCAAGAACUCUAUGGAUUACGAACCUUUAAAAAGUUCAGCGCAAAGGAAUUUAUUAAUGUCUCGACAAUAAAGAAAUGUGUGGCAUUUUUCAAGGUAGGAUCAUUGAGCUAUGUACUUGAAAAGUCUGAAGAACUUCUUGCUGAUUAA